AUGUUCAGUGGCUCCUCGAGUCCACCCAAAGACAAAGUAGACACUCUCCCGGAGACCGGCCUCGACCCUAGCUCCUUGACCAUCCAGACCGACACCACCGGUACCACCGGCACUAGUCCACGCGAGAAGAGGUUCUCUCAAUUCUCUCCCCCAGGCGCUGGAUUUUUCCGUCGAACAAGUGAGGAUCAGGGUCCCACCGGAGAGAAAAAGCGCCGAAGCAGCACUGUCACCAAAGCUGCCAACUUUUUCAGCAACGCAAAGAGCUCUUUGAGUAUAAACGGUCGGGACAGCUCGUCUUUCAGUACCAGCCCUUCCAUCGCGGAAAGCCCGCUCCAGAAGCUUGGAAAGAUGGACCCCGCCCUGAGCGUCCCCCAAGGUUCUUUCAACAACUCUGCUGGAGAGUCUGCGCCAACCGCUCGAUCAUCAUUCCGCGUCGGUGUGACCGAAGACCGUAACCGAAAAUGCCGUCGUACAAUGGAGGAUACCCAUGCCUAUCUCUACAACUUCUUGGGCACCCCCGCACCGGGUUCACCCGGCACAAAUGGCGCUCCCCUGGGGACUAGUGCGUCGCAAGCAUCUGAGGAGUCCUCCAAUGUCGUAGAAACAGACAAUGGAUAUUUCGCGAUCUUUGACGGUCAUGCGGGAACAUUUGCAGCAGAGUGGUGUGGAAAGAAGUUACAUUUGAUUCUCGAGGAGGUCAUGCGCAGAAGCCCCAACACCCCCGUUCCAGAGCUUCUUGAUCAGACUUUUACGAGUGUGGAUCAGCAACUGGAGAAGCUUCCUGUCAAGAAUUCUGGAUGUACCGCCGUCACCGCCGUGCUCAGAUGGGAGGACCGCGUACCCAGCUCACAGUCAGCAACCGGAUCUUCAGCACUUGCACCUGCGGCUGCUGCGGCUACAAAGAAUGCCGAGAACACCGAGACCCCAACCCAAGAUUCCCCGGGCAAUGUUUUGCCGAAACUGCAGGACAAAGCUAUACGCUCUCGGGUUCUGUAUACGGCAAAUGUGGGCGAUGCGCGCAUCGUAUUAUGUCGCAAUGGGAAAGCACUUCGCCUUUCCUAUGACCAUAAGGGAAGUGAUGAGGCCGAAGGCAGGCGAAUCUCCAAUGCCGGAGGAUUGAUCUUGAACAACCGCGUCAAUGGAGUGCUGGCUGUUACCCGUGCGCUAGGUGACGCCUAUCUAAAGGAUCUCGUGACCGGACAUCCCUAUACAACAGAGACGGUCAUCCAGCCAGAUGCUGAUGAGUUCAUCAUUCUGGCUUGCGAUGGUCUAUGGGACGUAUGCAGCGACCAAGAAGCAGUAGAUCUGAUCCGAAACGAGCAUGACGCCCAACAAGCUUCCAAGAUCUUGGUUGAUCACGCACUUGCCCGAUUCAGCACCGACAAUCUGUCCAUCAUGGUCAUCCGACUUGAUUCCAAUCGCGUCAAGGACGUCGUCAGCAGCAAUGCAGACCCGAUAGGUGUGGAUGGCGAUAACACAACAUCCCAAGGCAUGAGUGAAGCCGAUAAUAUCGUCGAAGGAGCACGGAAAUCCAUUGCUUCAUCAGGCCUAGCGAACGACCCAGAAGCGGCCGAGAAAGCCACCAACGACACACUCCAGAAGAUGGCCAGCCAUAGCCAUAAACAGGAGCCUGGACCUGAGAUGUCUAUUAAUGAGAGUAACGACCUUCCCUCUGUGGAUAUCUUGAGUCCGAACAAGAGUCCCAGUAACCCCUCUGGCUCAAUGAAGUGA